AUGAUGGAGUUUUUGAAAAUUUGCAUUUCGAUUUGUUUUUUGAAAUUUUGUACCGCGGAAAAUUCGCCAUGGAGCUUUUUCCAGAGCUCAAUUCCCGAUGAAAGUCGCGAAGAAUUGGUAGUGAAUAAAAUAACUAGUGAAGAAAUACUAACAUUUGAUUUGAAUAUAACCAAAUGGAAAAGUCUCACUAUAGGCCCCACUUGCUAUUCCGUUGGCAUAACGAAAACGGGCCUUCAAAUACUAAUGAGUGUUUUAAACGAAAAUAACACGGAAUUUAGAAUAGAAAAAACAUUUUAUGAAACUAAGUAUACUCCAUUGGAUAGCAUAAUUUUCCACAACCGAAAUAAUGGAAAAUCUGAAGUCAUUAUAGUAGUUUCUGCCACAAGUCCAAAAGAAAUCAGCUGGCUGAGAAUAUCCCCUGAUCAUUCAGUGGAAGAAUUUUGGAAAUGGCCUGUAGAACACGAAUUAGCGAACAUUAAUUUCUACAAACGUUACAUUUUCUACACCGACACCACCAAAACUGGUUAUUUAUACGAAUUCAACUUAAAAAACAACCCACCAAACCGAUGGUUUAUCCAACAAAUCCCAUUCGAAUCAACCCCGACUUCAUCAGCUUUCAAUCGACUCGGAGACCAAGAUUUCCUGUCAGUACCCCAAAAAAAUUCAAUCGUAAUUUACAAACACACUGGAGUAAAAUUCAGAAAUUACACAACAAUCACAACACCCGGAGUUACACGUGUAACUAACUUCGAUAUUGGUUUCAAAACCUUUCUAGCUGUUAAUGGUAUAAAUCCUGGUUUGUAUGAAUUUACUGAAAACGGUUUGAUUUACCAGAAUAUCGCACAUAGUAAUUUAGAAGGAGUAGAAUUGUGGUUACCCAUACAUUUGGAAACCAUAAGAGAUGAGGUUUUCCUGUUUGUGCAAAGAGUGCUCGAUCACAGCACUCACGAAUCAGUUGAAGUUGAUAUAAUCACUUAUCACAACGGUGUAUUCGAAGAGCACGAAGAUAUCCCGUGCGAAUUUUUCGGCGAAACCACCGAAAACUUGGGUUGUUUCAACACCAAAAAAGGUAUCAUCGGAUCUACUUCUAUUGUUGUAGAUAAUAAAGUCGGUUUGUUGGUACCCACUACGAAUAAUUCAUUCGUUUUAUUUGCUAUACAUACCUUCAUCAAACAGAAACCUCAUCCUCGAGAACAAGAUCUUCUUGAUUUGCUGGAGAAGAAGAAGACAUUACAGGUUCUAUUAGAUAAAACGAACGAUCUUUACGAGGAAAUUUCCGCUUUACCAGUAGACUCAAACGUCCCAAAAACAGCUGAAAUAGUUAUGGAGCCUCACAAUUCUACAGUUUAUUUAGAGCGACUAGAGAAAUUAGGCGAAGAAAUCGACAAGCUCCACGAUAAAGUCGAGAUAUUAAACCAAGAAACUAAUCGAAAAUUCGAUACAAUCAUAAUUAACGGUGAAGCUAUUUUCGAAGGUGAUGUUAAUGUAACAGAUUUGAAAAUUACCACUAUUAACGGAGAACUUUGUACGGAACUGUUGAACGAUAUUGUACACAAGGAAAACAUUACAAAAGAACUGAAAAAUAAGACGUUUUUGGAAGUAGAAAUCGAGAACGUUCAAACGCAAUCAGUAAACGGAAUUGAUAUCGUUAACAUAGCGUUCAAAGACGAUCCAGAAAUCGUUCUAAACGGUUCCAUCACUUUCAAAGAUGCCGUUGUAUUGAAAAAUCUUACAACAGAAAUGGUAAAUGAUGUGAACAUUGAAUACCUGGGGGAUUUGAAGCAAACAAGAAGCAGGAGAAGUGUGGAUAAUGCCAAUGAUACUGUAGUAAUACCGCAAAAUUUAACAGUACAGUUUAUAAAUGGGGAGAAUUUCACCGAAUUUUUGCAAAGUUUGUGUAUGGUCAAUAAAAUCUGUUAUAUUCCAGGAACUGUCAAUAUUAAAGAGAAAAUUGAAGCAGAAACUGUAAACACAGACUAUCUAAAUGAAAUAAAGUAUCCAGAAGAAUAUCUUCUUCACAACAACGAUACUAGCAAAAGGAUUCUGGGCAAAAAAACCUUCAAAAACGCCCUACAAACCGAAGAAAUUAGAACUAUUUCCACACUAAACGGCAUAAACACCAAAAACCUCGUCACAUUAACCACCGACCAAAAACUGGAUAAGCUCAUUUUCAAUAAAUUGCAAGUUACCGAAGAAUUAAAGGUCGAGGGGAACAUUUUAGGAGAUUCAAUCGCCAAAUUCCUACCGAAACCCACCUUAGAAGAAACCAACAUAAUCAUGUGCAACGUCCAAUUCAAAAACAUCAACGUUAAAGGAAACAUUAUCGUUGAACACAAAUUCAAUAACAAAGAUUUCAAAGCUUCAUUAGACAAUAUAAUUUACGAUGACGAGGACCAAGCCACAAUCUCAUCGAUCAAAGACUUUCCAAGAGGCUUAACAGUGCACGGGCCACUACACAUCAAAUCAAAUUCCAUCAAUUCCCACAAUCUCGGCGAAUUCGUUACCAAAAACACCGAUCAAAACCUCGAUGUUAGUUUGAUCAACGGCAACGUAAUCAUCAGAAAUCUGAUAGUAAACGGUUCAUACAACGGCCAGGACAUCAAAACCCUCGACGAUAGCUUAGUGAAACUCACAGGCAAUCAAUUCGUAUACUCAGUGCUCAGUUUCGAUGAUUUAGAAGCGGAAAACGUGGUGAUCGAUAGAACUUUGAACGAUAUUUCACCCGAUGAUUUUCUCUACGUUAAUAAGACUUUCGACGUGGAUAGUCUCAGUUUCGAUGAAUUUAUUGCUGAGAACUUAACUGUUAAAGGUAGCCUACAGGGGAAUAUAUCCGGAUUUGAUAUCAAAGAUAUAAACAACAGGUACUUGAGCAGAACAAAAAGUCAAACCAUCGAGCCCCGGUUUGUGAUAAACUCCACCAAAAUAGACCAAUUCAAAUCAAUCAACGCAGAUACAGUAAAAAUUAUAGAAGAAGAAAGCUACCUCAAGUAUGUUAGAGAUUUGUUGAGUAGUGGAAAUUUAACCGUGGAAAAUUUACACGUAGAAGAAUCAUUGCAAAUAAACAACAUCAACAACAAACCCGCUGUAAACAUCAUGCCUGACACUGUAUUAGGAAUAGCUCGCAAAAACGGCAACAAAUUAAUUUUAGAAGAUCUCUUCCUAAAAGACCUUCAUUUAACCCAACUGGGCGCAGUAAAUUGGAACGAUUACGUGCAACAAAUCGUGUACAAAAACCAAACUAACUCCUUCCUAAAAUUCGACAAACCCAAGCAAUUUUUGAACGGAAUUACAGUGAAAAAUCUCAUCGAAACCAAAAAAAUCAACAACGUAUCCAUCUUCAACGUGCUUACGAAACAAGGGGAUCAAACCAUACGAGGACCCGUGGAAAUUGUCGGGAACGUUGUCGUGGAAAACAUCGAAAUUAACGAUACUAUCAACCAAGUUUCGGUGAAUGAUUUCAACGUUGGUAUAACAGAAGGAGCUUACCACUUAAAACGAGACGUGGUUUUCAAACGACUUCCUCAUAUCAAAUCGCUACGAAUCGAUGGAACAGUGAACAAUAAAAAUAUCAACGAUGUUUUACGGGAAUUGGUCUACAAAAAUCACACAGGGAUAUUUACAAAUGAUAUCAUAUUCACAAAACCGAUAAACAUUGGAGGGAAUCUUGUAAUAACCGAUUACAUGAACGACGUGAAUUUCUCUGAUGUUAAUUCGAACAUUGUUCUGCUCACGCAAGACGCAGAAAUCGAAGGUUUGGUUUCGUUUACCAAAAACGUAGAAAUUAGCAACAAUAUGGAAGUAGAUAACUUGCAAUGUAAACACUUAAGUGGUUAUAACACCAACGAUUGGUACCAAAAAGCUAUUUUCAUCAACAAAGGGUUACUAAAAGGCCACUACACGAUGGAAUCGAUGGAAAUCAACGCGGAUUUAACCACUGAAUUCGUUAAUAAUUUCAACAUGUCUAGAAUCGUUCCGUUAAAAACCAACCAAACCAUCGAACACCUCCAUAUAGCACAAAUGAAAUUUCUACAAGAUAUUCCCGUGGGUAAUAAAGUCAAUGGAAUGGUAUUACCUACUGAAUACCAAAGAACUUUUAUGAAAACUGGCGAUCAGUUGAUCGAAUCAAACACCACAUUCGACUCGGUAUUAAUAAGGCGCGAUUUAAACGCGAGUUUGUUGAACAAUAAACCAACAUCUAGACUAGUCACGACGAAUACAGAUCAAAAUUUGACCGCUAAAUACGAAUUCAAAUCCAAAAUAACCAUCGAUUCCGAUUUGAGCGUAAACGGUUCGAUCAAUAACGUGAAUUACACGGAAUGGAAACGAACAACAAUGAAAUUGAACUCCAAUCGAACUGUACAAGUUAGCAACAAUUGGACUGUUACUAAAAACAUCACUUUCGACGAUAAUGUCGUUGGACAAGGAACAAUUAGCGGGCUGGAUUUAUCGCUUAUUGGACAACAACUUCGCGAAAGGGAGGAUUGGAAGUACCAAUUCGAACAUGGUACUAUUAAAGACCACAACAGCCUAUGCGCGACGAUAACGAGCUUCUACGAAAAAACCAAACAGCAAAUCUACAAGUUCAAAUACUUCGAAGAUCUCCAACAGCUCCCCUUCAACCACACCAUUAACAAUGUCUUCAACUUCGAGUUGAACGAGAUUCCUUAUCUCCUCGUUAAUUACGAUACUUGCUUGUCCGAUAUGUUGGUUUACAGCGGUUCCCGAUUCGUACUCUACUCUUCGAAUAUCCCCACAGGUACUCUCGAGCAGGUGGUACCCGUUACCAACAAGAAAAAGAUGUAUUUGGUCACGCGACGCAGCGAAUCGAGCCUUUGCGGCGGAACCAAUGGUACCAACAUUUGGGAAUUCGAUGGAGACACUUUGAAACUAAACUACGUGUUGGGCCAUCAAAAUCUCCUACACGAUUCGCUAGUACCUGGUACUUUCUACGCUCUGAAUAAAGAGGGUGUUGUAGAGUACAAAAUUAGAUCGUCCAGAGAACCUUUGGCGUACAGAAAAUGGGCGAUACCAUUUGAAGAUGAAACUGAAUUUGUUCCGCGAGGACUCAAAACGGGCUUAGCAAUGAGAACUGGAAGCAAUAUAUUAUUCCUGCACAGAUUCAAACCAGUCGCAAACAUUGAUACUGAUACAAACAUUGAAACCACUGUAACAGGUUCCUACAGAGAAGUUACGAAUAAUUAUAUACCAGGAAAACACGGUGAUGUAGCAGUGUUGAAAGUAGGCAAGAACAGUGCGAAAAAAAUUCUUCUAGCCGUCGCUCAGCAAGAAGAAACUGUUGUUAAAGCUUCCUUCGAUGUUAUUAAGAUUUAUGAAGAUGCAUUUGAGGGUAAAUUGUUCGAUAAAAUAUCGGCGUACAAGCCUUCUUCUUUGCUUUCUAUCGAAUUCGGACAGGGUGAGACUUUGCUGGCGUUUUUGGAGAACCGGAAGAAGUUGCGGUUUUAUGAAUAUAAGGGAAUCGAAGGAUUCUUGCCUAGGAAUGCAAUUAAACUGGCCAAUGCCCAAUCGCUGUUUCAAAUGGAUUUGAUCGGAAACGCCGGUGAAGAUGCUGUGAAAACUGUAGGAAUUGUUUAUAACAAUAAAAUACGAAUAAUCCAAGCCGUAAUGGAAGGUACAACUAUUCAACGUGAUUGGAAUUGUAAUCUGUAA